AUGAAUGUUCACAUCACCUUUGCUGCAGGCAGCUCAGGAAAAGCCUCACAGAGCCAAGAUGAUGUGCAUGUCAUCCACAACAAUCAACUGGACCUGCGGGAGAUAGUGUUCAUCAUCCAGAGUCAAAGCAACUACUUCCAUGUGAGACAGGCAGAAAGACAGAGAGCAGAUUUACUCAAGCAAGCGCACAGUCUCACAGAGAAUCCACCGGCAGUUUUACUUCUUCACAAUCUGUCAGAUAAUGAGGGAGAUUGGAGCAUCCUUCCUCUGCUGCCUUACUUAUCGUACUCUUUUGGGAAAAACUCAUCCUGGAUUGUAUUUCUUGAGGAGGAAACAAAUGUGAAGAUGACUAAGCUCGUUCAAGUCCUUGCAAAAUUUGACAAGAGUAAAGAGUGGUUUCUUGGGAAGCCGCUCCAUGACGAGGAGUCGACCAUCAUCCAUCACUACGCCUUUGCGGAGAAUCCCUCCGUCUUCAAAUAUCCAGACUUUGCUGCUGCUUGGGCCUUAAGCAUCCCCCUUGUUGUUCGGCUUGCAAACAAAGUGAGAGAUGAGCCACUUAAAUCUGACUUCACCAUUGACCUGAAGCAUGAGGUUGCCUUGUAUAUCUGGGACAAUGGGAAGGGUCCACAUCUUACUGCUGUUCCUGAGCUGUGCACUGAGCCAGAGGACUCUCCUCAGGCCCAGCCCUGUGCCACCACCCUGAGCAGCGAGCCUCCACUGUGUGGGGAGCCUGUAAAUAACGAAGAUAUAUUUGUUGCUGUGAAAACGUGUAGGAAGUUUCACAGUGAAAGAGUUCCAGUGAUAAAGAAGACUUGGGAAAAAGAUGCCUUAUUUUUAGAGUACUACAGUGACCAUGCUGAUCCUUCGAUACCAACCAUUAAUUUGGGAGUACCCAAUACUGAAAGAGGCCACUGCGGGAAAACAUUUGCGAUCCUUCAAAGAUUUCUAAGCAGCACUGUCCCGAACACCAGGUGGCUCCUUGUUGUGGACGAUGACACACUCAUCAGCCUCCCCAGACUGCGCGUCUUGCUGAGCUGUUACGACCCCUCUGAACCGGUGUGUCUCGGGGAGAGGUACGGCUACGGCCUGAGCCAAGGCGGCUACAGCUACAUCACGGGAGGUGGAGGUAUGGUGUUCAGCAGGGAGGCUGUGGUCCAACUUCUUGACAGCGGCUGCAAGUGCUACAGCAAUGAUGCGCCAGAUGACAUGGUGCUGGGAAUGUGCCUCAAUGCUCUUGGACUUCCUGUCACACACAGUCCACUCUUCCAUCAGGCGCGCCCGGAGGACUAUGCCAGAGACUUCUUAGCUCACCAGGUGCCCAUCUCUUUCCAUAAACAUUGGAACAUCGACCCCAUUGCGGUUUUCAACAAAUGGCUUAAGGACGACUUGAGGGAAAAACCUUCAGGUGGACUUAAUAAGAGCGCUAAGACGGAGUUAUAAUAAUUUUAAGCACAUGACUAGCCUGUAUGAGUAUGUGUGUAUGUACAGUGUGUGUGUGAGACAAAGAGAGAUUGUGUAUUACGGACUUAUGGGUUUGAAAUGUUGUCCUUCACAGUUGUAAAUGUUUUUGUAUUGUUAAUGUUGAGCUGUUAUUAAGAGGGACCAUGCAAGUGUGUGUCCAUGACUUAAUAUGUGGGUCUUUUCAUGACUGAGUUGCAUGUUGAGGUUAUUGUUAUUUUGGAAAUAUGAAUAUAAUAUGUGUAUAUUUAUAUCAUAGUAAUCUAAAACCUUACAGAGGAGCAUAUCUUCUUCUCUGGGAGAUACUGUAUCUUUCAACAAGUAUCACCAAUGCUGUACAAUGUGGUCUAUUUUGACAUAAAAGUAUGAAUAUUUGAGAAUGUUUUGCUUUUCUACUCCACUGGAGGCCUAUUAUAGGAUUUAGUCUAAACCAGUACCCAAAUGUAUAAAUUAUGCGGCUGUUUAAGGUUAAUUGUGGCUCAGACUAAAAUGGUGAAAAUACAGUACUUACACUGAGUGGUGCGGCUAAAAGGCAGCAGCAU